UUGCGCGCCGUUUCAUUUCGUUGUUCGGUCGCCGCUUUGUUUUGCAAGAAGCGCGUUACUGCAUUCAUAUAAUUACACACACAUAAAACAAAGCAAAGCAGUGUAGAAAGCAGAUGAAAAAGUAGCAAAAUUGGCAUACAAGGAUUUCUUAACUAAUAUUUUGCUUAAAUCUCCAAAUACAAAUAAUUAAUCAUUAAUAAAAGUGUGUGGUAAUCUCUUAGAAAUAUCGCUAUAUAAUGCCCAUUCAGCUCGAUAAAAUAUUGGCAGAUAUUGCCGAGGAAAAAGUAUUACAUCCCAAUUAUCCGCCAGCAGGCAAAAAAGAAAUAGACGAUGCUUGGGCGCGCGUAGGCAAAAAUAAUAAAUUGUCCGUGCAUGAGGCUCGAUCGAUAUUCAAAGUACUCCAAAAGAAAUACGAACAAGAGAAAACCAAACGCACUCCAUCAUGGAAACUAUUCGAUCUAAUGGAGCAAAUACAUCAGCCUGUUCAAGAAGAAGACCCAAAGCAGGACGAUGAUGGUAUGGUGUCUAUGGAGGAAGAUGAAGAAUAUGAAAUGUUAGAAGUACAGGAAGAAGAAGAAACAACAGCYGCACAAGGAAAAAAUGCAGCAGCUACAUCAGAUGGUGAAAGUCCAUCGAAAUCAAUGAAAUCUAGUGGAUCUACUGAGACAACCCCCGAAAAGGAGGAAAAGCCCUUGCUUAAGCUACAAACAAAAUUAACCGCUGCUAAUCAGAGCAAAUCCUCAUCACCCGCAGCAGAAGAAAAGAAGGUGUUGAAUUCCCUAGCUCACUCGUCGCGUCCAGCUUCUAAUACAACAUCUACUUCCACGCCUACAUCCAACGCAUCAGCUGCUGCUACUGCCGCUGCAUUACAUAAGAAGGGAAUAACCAUGAAGAAAACAUCAUCAAGUGCAGCAGCUGGAAAUACUUACAGUGGUACGCCCCGGGUAGGUCAGCCAUCAAGUAAUAGCGGUCAGCAGAAAAACUCGACUAUACGAGUAGCGGGUCAAGUAUUGGGUGUCGGCGAGUGUAUACCAUUACCUGAAUCAAUUAAACGUAAAUUAGUGGAAACACAGCCAGGAUCCCAACCGGCUAAAAAACCAAAUAACAAUCAAUCAAUUGCGACAGCAUCAACGGCUCAGACAUCAACAACAAAUGCUCGAAGUACAUCGACUGCUAACAGUGCUAACCCUAGCGCAUCUCUUCAAGAGAGCUCUCUUUCUUUAAAUAAUGAUCCAACCAUCAAUAUUAAGCAGGAGCCUAAUGAUGACAUUAAUCAACCAACGGGUAUAAAUUUAAUUACAAUAACAGGGAAUCCUCGAGUUGAGUUAACGAACGGUGGUGGCGGUCCAUCUUCUUCAACAGCCGCUACAGUAGCUUCCACAUCAACGAAUGGAUAUUCACCACGACUUGAAGAAAUAGACUUUCGUAAUGACAUUAUAUUCGACUCUGGCAAUGGUGCCAUUAAUGGUGCUGUGGCUGGAGCAGUUAAUCAUCCAAAUCAUACAAACGCGACAGGUGGUAUCAUUAAUUUAGGAAAUUUUGACAAUUCACUGCCGCCGACUUUCUUCAAAAAUCUUUGUAAUUCAUCACGACAUGAAGCAUUGGGUCUUUACGUUGCAAACGUUAUGAAUCGUUUACGACCGCGAUCGGCUCAAAAAUUAGAGUUGGGCAUACUACGCGCAAUAAUUGAUGUCCAAAGCGAUGAAUUGGAGCAAUAAGAGAAUAUUUUUUGGUUUUAAGACAAAAAAAAGAGUAAGCAAYACUCUAAUUUCGUUUCUUAAAAGUAUUUUAAACUAUAUUUCGUACGCUGAUUACGUAUUUAACUAUAUUUGUUAAUAUUGAAAAUUACGUCAACGACGUACAAUUUAAUACACAUUUUAUACAUACGUUUUUCAAAUAAGCACGGACAGUAGUAAUGUUUUAAAAUGUUUAAACCUACUUUGUACGCGAAUAAUAAAUACAUAUGUAUGUAUGUAUUUAAAGCCCUUUCUUUAAUUUUUCACAUGUUUUUUUUUGUAAUUCGAAUACUAUCGGACAAAAUAUGCCCACGAAAUUUGAAUGCUAUUUAAAAUAAAGUAAUUAUAUAUAGUAUAUAAAUA